GUCAGAUUAUCUCUCUGGGUUGCUAAGAGACCCGGCUGCCACAAACCAAGCCAGUGAUUCUCCAGCUUCUUUCCCUUUCUGGAUCCGCUUCAAAAUUUCCAAAAGCAGGAUGACCAUGUCCGAUGGCGAAGCUGAAAACUUGCGAAGCACCUUUCCCUCUUACAUGGCAGAGGGCGAGAGGCUUUAUCUGUGCGGGGAGUUCUCUAAGGCGAUUCAAAGCUUUUCCAACGCCCUUCACCUUCAAAGCGGGGACAAGAACUGCCUGGUUGCCCGCUCCAAGUGCUACCUGAAGAUGGGAGACUUAGAGAAGUCCUUGGAAGAUGCUGAGGCCUCACUUCAGAAUGACCCGACUUUCUGCAAGGGGAUCUUACAGAAGGCCGAGACGCUGUACACCAUGGGAGACUUUGAGUUUGCCCUGGUGUUCUACCAUCGAGGCUACAAACUGAGACCCGACCGGGAAUUCAAAGUUGGAAUUCAGAAAGCCCAGGAAGCCAUCAACAACUCGGUGGGAAGCCCUUCUUCAAUUAAGCUGGAGAACAAAGGAGACCUCUCCUUCUUAAGCAAGCAAGCUGAGAGUAAGAAAGCCCAACAGAAGCAUCCACCUGUGAAGCACCUCCUAUCCAGCACCAAGCACGAAAUCAAGCGGAAGGGCUCGCUCAAGAGCGAGAAGACCAUCCGGCAGCUGCUCGGGGAGCUGUAUGUGGACAAGGAGUAUCUGGAGAAGCUUCUUCUGGAUGAAGAUCUCAUCAAAGGCACCAUCAAGAGUGGCCUGACUGUGGAGGAACUCAUCAUGACUGGAAUCAACUACCUGGACACCCGCAGCAAUUUCUGGAGGCAGCAGAAACCCAUCUACGCCAGGGAGAGAGACCGGAAGCUGAUGCAAGAGAAAUGGCUGCGGGACCGGAAACGCAGCCCCUCGCAGACAGCCCACUAUAUCCUCAAGAGCCUAGAGGACAUUGACAUGUUGUUGACCAGUGGCAGUGCUGAAGGGAGCCUACAAAAAGCUGAGAAAGUACUUAAGAAGGUCCUGGAAUGGAACCAAGACGAGGUACCCAACAAGGAUGAACUGGUCGGGAACUUGUACAGCUGCAUAGGCAACGCCCAGAUUGAGCUGGGGCAGAUGGUGGCUGCCCUGCAGAGCCACAGAAAGGACCUGGAGAUCGCCAAGGAACAUGACCUCCCAGAUGCAAAAUCGAGAGCCCUUGACAAUAUUGGCAGAGUUUUUGCCAGAGUUGGGAAAUUCCAGCAAGCCAUUGACACGUGGGAGGAGAAGAUCCCUCUAGCCAAAACCACCCUGGAGAAGACCUGGCUCUUCCAUGAGAUUGGCCGCUGCUACUUGGAACUGGACCAGGCGUGGCAGGCCCAGAGUUACGGUGAAAAGUCUCAGCAGUAUGCUGAGGAGGAAGGGGACCUCGAGUGGCAGCUGAACGCCAGUGUUCUGGUGGCACAGGCCCAAGUGAAGCUGAGGGACUUCGAGUCAGCUGUGAAUAACUUUGAGAAGGCCCUGGAGAGAGCCAAGCUGGUCCACAACAAUGAGGCACAGCAGGCUAUCAUCAGUGCCUUAGACGACGCCAACAAGGGCAUCAUUGAAGAACUUAAGAAAACGAACUACAGGGAGAUACUCAGGGAAAAGGCAGAGAGACAGGACAUCAGUUCACAGAUGGAGUUUUCGGGAACAUCGGAGAAGGAAACGAGACGAGGUCGAGAAGAGCAGGAGAGGGUGGUGAAGCAGUGGGAGAGGGAACUGGAGAGUGAGAGAGAGGUCACGGAAGAUGAAGAGGGGUCGAAGCAGAGGCUGCUGAGGGUGGAGGAGCAAGAAGGAAGCAGCUCAGGACUCACAAGCAGCAAAAUGAUGUUGGGAGACACCCCGUCGACAAGCCAAGUGAUGAGAAGAGAGUCCAGGGAAAUCUACCGGAGGAUCUCAGAGGACUCCACCCAACCAACCCUAGAUGAUGUCAGCCAAAACCAGGAGAAGCCAUCAGAAACAACCAUGGAGGAGAGGCUGGAGAAAACAGAAGAGGACGAAUCGAAAUCGGAAACUAUUUAACUGAGGAAAGGCUGAGGGCUGGCUUAGUGAGCGCGAGGUUCAGGCGGCCAGUGUUCCCACAUGAGACGUCUGGAUAGGACGAGCUGGGAGACUGACUCCUACAUACCAUACCCCAUGUGCCCCUGUUCCCCCAUUAAAUAUGCGUCUUUCAUUUUU